AAUAACUGAUGAAUGAGCUCAGCGGUCGGUGAGUGGAGUUGAUGUGACUCGGGCCGUGAACGCACCGCGCCUGUCUGCUCUCUAGUUACAGUAUGGCGGCUGGGACUUGCGGAGGAGGACAACUUCUUCUAGAUUCCUUCCAGAAAAUUGUAGGAAGGCGACGGAUUUAACUGAAAACUGCCUCGGCAAACACCGACGACGAGAGCGCAACUUGUGGCUUUAACGGACAUUUUUUUCCUGGAAGAUAAUCGGACUGGUGUGAUGCGUGAGGAGGACCCGCAGUCAAGAAACUCCCCUGAUUUUUCCGCGUCUGACUGUCAGUUAGCCGGCUAGCUGCUCGGUUAGCUCACCACCUUCAUGCUAACGUUCGCUUGCAGGGCUCCGUAGUAGCCAAAAGGCGGGCUAGCUUGCUGCUUUUAUUUGCUCCAGGAGACAGGGAUGGCAUUUCGCCUCCAUCCGGUAAGCGAACUGGUUGAGAGGGGUGGGGAGAAAACAUUUGAGGACCUGGUUGAUAAAGUUUGUCAGCACUCAUUAGCCUAGCCUAGCCUAGCCUAGCCUGUUGGUACAACGCCAGAAAACGUUGGCCGAGAGAGCGCUUUGCCAGUCCACUAGCGAGCUAGCCAAUUAGCAUUUUAGUUGCACAAGAAGACCUGCUAAUCCCCCGUUCAUCCCAGUUGAGUGUUUUGAAGCCUCUCGCACUAACUAAUUCAGACAAGGAGUGGAAACUGGACUGCUUUAGUUGGCCCAAUUGACCAUUAAUGUUGAAUAACUCAGCGGUGUUUUGGCGUUCAGCCUUGCUAGGUGUCGUUAGCGACCUUAUAGGUGUUCUGUGGAGGGAGUGGUAGCGUUAGGUAGCUAGCUAAGGUUCCCUGUAUCAGGACAACAAUGUCACUCAGAUUAUGGCUGUAAAUGACGAAUAGAUUCAAGAUGACACAUUAUUAAACGUGUGUAAACCGACUGGCGUGUUGCACAUUGGGCUGUGUGCCCGUUGUUCGCUUGUUGCAAGACGAGACUUAAUACAGAUAGAAAGCGCGCAAUACUAGAGUUAACUAUUCCCGAGAUACAUUAGACAUUUAGUUUCCUGAAUUGAUAACUCAUUCAAUUUGUAGUCACAGUUACUGGUGUGAGCUGUUGCUAUCUUGGGGGGACUAAACAUCAAGGCUGAUUGGCUUCCCUCGCCUGCUUCAGUGCUGGAAUAGUUUGAUGGACGUGGGAGGCUGUUUUCCAGGCUGUCAGUGCUAUACUCAGUCAUGUAUGUCUUGACACAUGGCACCCUGGUCUGUACAUAGUGCCUGCUGUCAGAUAUAUAAGUAUCGUUAUGUAGCUAUGGUGGACAGUCACUGAGGGGAAUGUCUUGUCUUUUUUAUACCUGUUGGUGUGUUUUUUAUUUUCAUUUGUUUCAAACACAGGGGAGUCUUGUUGCAUCGAAGUGGGAAAGCAGUGCAGCCCGGGCUGUGCACAGUGGACAAUGUUUAUUAGUUAGUGCCUAGGAACUUGGAGGACUAACAGUUCGGCCUACAUAUAGGCCACAGAUAUUGUAGAUUUAUUCAUUGGGGAUUGUAACAGAAGACUGCCACUCUGGAUCAAGAAAACCUGUCUGGUUGGAGUAACACUCUUAAGCCAAAAUCAAUGCCUUCAGCGUUGGCUGUGUUCGCCUGCCGACCAAACUCGCACCCAUUCCAGGAGAGGCAUGUGUACCUGGAUGAGCCAGUCAAGAUCGGCAGGUCGGUGGCUCGGUGUCGGCCGGCCCAGAACAACGCCACCUUUGACUGCAAGGUGCUGUCAAGGAAUCAUGCCUUGGUUUGGUUCGACCACAAGACCGGCAAGUUCUUCCUGCAGGACACUAAAAGCAGCAACGGGACGUUCAUCAACAGCCAGAGGUUGAGUCGCGGCUCGGAGGAGAGUCCGCCCUGCGAGGUUCUCUCCGGCGACAUCAUUCAAUUUGGAGUUGACGUCACUGAGAACACACGCAAAGUCACCCAUGGCUGCAUCGUGUCAACAAUUAAUCUCUUCCUACCUGAUGGGAUGGAGGCACGCCGACGAAGCGAUGUCAUCCAGGCUCCGUUACCACUACCUGUAGACAAGGUUGCUGCCAACACUCCCAGUAUGUAUUCUCAGGAACUGUUCCAGCUCUCCCAGUAUCUGCAGGAAGCCUUACACAGAGAGCAGAUGUUGGAGCAGAAGCUCGCCACUCUGCAGCGUCUGUUAGCCAACACUCAGGAGGCCUCGGAGAGCAGCUGGCAGGCUCUGAUCGAUGAAGACCGUCUGCUCUCCAGGCUGGAGGUGAUGGGCAGUCAGCUGCAGGCGUACUCGAAGUCCCAGACGGAGGAAGGGAUCCGUAAGGAGCUCUUGGCUCUUCAGGAGGACAAACACAACUACGAGACGACGGCGAAGGAGUCUCUGAGGAGAGUCCUGCAGGAGAAGAUCGAGGUGGUCAGGAAGCUGUCAGAAGUGGAGCGCUCGCUCAGCAACACGGAGGAUGAGUGCACCCACCUGAAGGAGAUGUCAGAGAGGGGCCAGGAGGAGCUGAGGGAGUUGGCAAACAAGUACAACGCCGCCGUCAACGAGAUCAAAGAGCUCACUGACAAAAUUAAGGAGGCGGAGGGCCGGCAGGAGGAGCUGACCCAGCGGGGGGCGACCGAGAAGAGGGAGUUGGAGCUGCGGAUCGAGGAGAUGGAGGAGAAGGAGCAGGUUCUCCAGGCUCGCAUCGAAGCUCUGCAGGCCGACAACGACUUCACUAAUGAGAGGCUCGCCGCCCUGCAGGUGCGGUUAGAACAGCUACAAGAGAAAAGCAUAAAAGAAAACAACAGCCUUGAUGUCGACAAUGUCUCCCACGGACCAGUAGAGGAGCCUGUCGAGGAAAAACAGAGCCUGCAGACACCUGAGAGCCAGGAGGAAGACGAGGAAGACGAGGAUACUGACACCGAUGAUGGUGCAUUUGACAACUGUCAUGUUAACAACAGCGGAGGAGACUCGACUAGAAUCCAACAGUUGAUUGAGUGUCCGCCGGUCAAGCAGCUGAAGGAGACUGUGAGUGCUUCCAUCCACAAACUGGCCAACUUUGAUGAAGUGAUGGACGCCCACCUACAGAACAACCAGACGGCAGAAGACGACAUCCUGGCCAGUCCCGACCGACUCAAAGGGAACCUGAUGGAUGCCAAAGAGUCCGACAUGUCAGACACUCUGAGUCCCAGCAAAGACCGCAGCAGUGACGACACGUCAGACGGCAACAUGGACGACCAGGAGCUGAUUGAACCUCAGAACAGAGUAGCUCUGCUCAAAGCCGAGUUGCAUCGAGCCGGUCUAGAGCCCGGAGACACGGAGCAGGUCAUCCACCACCUCCACAGAGAGCUUCUGGACGCCCAGGAAUUAGCCAACACCGGCAAGCAGAGAUGUCUGGAGCUCCAAGCUCUGCUGGAGGAGGAGAGGAGGAGUAACUCUCAGCAGACUGAGGAGUCGACCAAACAGAUCCAGUACCUGCAGACUCAGCUUGGGAAGCUGCAGGCCGACAUGGAGGCACUGAAGGAGCAGAGGGAGAGCACCAUCUGCACCACCCGAGAGGAGCUCUACUGCGCCCAGGAGGAGAUUAUUGUCCUGCGGCACGCCAUGGAGGCAGCCACGGCAGACCGUGAGCGUGAGAUCAUCGCCCUGCAGGCCGACCUGGGCAUCGUGCGAUCUGAGCUGGAGCACUGGAGGGAGACUGCCGCCAAGUACGAGGGGGAGAUCAGCCGACUGCAGGGCGCCUUCACGCAGCAGCAGCAGCAGCAGAGCUCCACCAACCAGCUGCAGGCGGAGUGUGUCACGUUGCAGCAGCAGUGUGUGUGUUUGCAGCAGGACUGUGACGGCCUGAGAGGUGAACGGGAAACUCUUACGGACAAACUGCACCACCUGGAGACUGAGCUGAGCAGCACCAGGGAGCAGAGUCUGGUCCUCAGCAGCAGUCUGGAGUCUCUGGGGAAGAGGGAGGAGGUUCUGCAGGACAAACUGGGUUCUCUGGAGAAUCGACACCUGCAGGAUGCAUGCAAGCUGAAGAGCCAGCUGGACCAGGCCCAGGCCCACACACACACACUGCAGAGAGAGUAUGAAGACACGCAGUCCCAGCUGUUGGACCUCCGUCAGCGCUAUGAGAGAACGGAGAAGGAGAAGCUGAACAUCCACCAGGAGCUGGAGCAGUGCAGGAGCAACCUGAAGCUGCUGCAGGACAAGACCAGCUCCCCAUCCAUACUGCAGCCUGUCCAAGCCAUAUUCAUUGGCCUUGUCCUGGCUCUGCUGUACUGGUGUUUCGGCCAGUUGUGGUAGAAAGAGCGGCUGGAGCCCCUGGAUGCCGGUCAUCGCAGUGAUGGUCGCCGUGACGGCAGCCGUCCUCUACCCCAACUUCUCCAAGAGCAGCUCCACCUAGGACACACACACACACACACACACACACACAAGCGCACACAGCGCUGUGAGGAGAGCAUCACUGCUUUACUUGUAUAAAGUCUAAUUGUACAUAAUUGUAGAGGGAAUAUAAAGGUUGUGGUUUCUACAGAGGAUUCAGAAGCUUCUCGGUUUAUUUUGUUUUUGUGUUUGUUUUUCUUCUGCGGCGGGGAGUUCUGUUGUUUUUAUUCUCGGCUCUCUCUCGCUGUGGUGGGGGCUUUACUUUUUUUUGGAGGGGGGUUUAUCGUCUCUGCUGAUUUCUGGGUUAACGAAGCGUUCUCCAGCAGGCCGGGCUUCCACGUAAAACACCUGCCAGAGGUGACGUUUACAUCCGGGAUGCAAGCGAACGCAACACUUCCCAGCAGCCUCAGUCCAGACGGGGAACACGAUCCACGUUCUUCAGCUGAAGGAGCAUCCGCGCACAUUUUUAUAGAUUUCAUUGGCUAUUGGAGUCUGUUAGCGGGCGGUGUUCCCCUGUAGCUCCGACAGAACUGGUUUUAAUUGUCUGCUCCGUCAGAUAUAGAUUGUCUGUCUUCACUGAGGAGAGACGUCGCUUUGAAUUCUUCGUUUCUAUUCCACAAACAUCAGCGAAUAAUUCUUUCUCCUUGUCAGGAUAGAAGAUUCACUUUAAAAUACAAAGACUUCCUCACAAAGCAAUUUAAUUAAAUGCUGAUUUGUUUCUGAAUAUGCAAAACUAAAGCUCAGUAAAACACUAACGAUAUAUAACGACGUUAUCUUAAGGCUUUGUUGUCAAAAUCAAGUUUUAAUAACUUAAAUAUUCCAUGUUUUGCCUCCAUGGUGCAUAUUCUAAAACAAAUAGUCAAAUGAUCCCUCAUUAGGGGCCCACUGCUCCUCACAUUAAUCCUGCCCUGAUUACGUUAAUCAGUGCGACUCAGUAAAUCUAAAUCGCAUCAAACUGAUCGCAGUUCAGUGAAACAGGAAGUGAAUCCUCGUCAGUAAAAUCUCCUUCAGAGUAAAUGUACGUCUGGGAAGACGAGUGCGUCUUUGAGCUUCUGUCUGCUGGAACGUGUUCACGUCGAGGUGUUUUCAGGAAGUUCUGCUCUGGUUUUAGUCGGCCAUGUUGGAUGUCGGCCAUGUUGGAUGUCUAACAUGGUGUUUUUCUCCGUUUAGUUUUUUCUGUUCUGUGGGAGUUUGGGCGGGGGGGGGGGGGGCCGGGUUAAAACUUGAAGCCAAAUUAUUACAACUAUAAAUUAGAUUUAUUUUCUUUGGGAUUUUUUGUUUUUCAUUUUCGGGGCACAGAAAAGGGGCUUAAAGUGCCUCCGAUGUAACUAACACCACAGUUUGUGUAUGUGUGCGGACAAACACAACCACACACACACUUUCUCUGAUGAACACACACACACUUGGUUUGUUUGACUGCCAGAGGUCCGUCAGUGUUCAGUGUGGAGAGAAGCUGUAUGUUGGUGAUCCACAAUGUCUUGCCAGCUUUUUCGGGAACUUUCUCCUGAUAGCGAUCAGCGGAUGAAGCCUGAGACGGGGCGCUGAAAGCUCAGAGAAUAGUGAGUAAGUGGACCUUGAUUUUAGGUGAUUUUGUCAAAUUAUUAUUGUGGCUUCAUCGUUCACGGCUCGUAACUUGACCGUCGGUCUGUUCGUCCAGAAUAAAAUCUCUCAAGUCACACAAAUGUAAAUGUAAUAAAGUUUUGACAGGAAGAAGAUCGGCUUCUCUCCACACACACUUAAACACCUUUUAGCAGACAUGUAAUGUUCUGUGUGUGUGUGUGUUGUACAGCGGAGUGUGUGUCCGUUCACACGCUGGACUCUUUGUCAUCGUUCGUGUACUCUGUCUCGUCUCCGUGUUUAAGUAAAAUAAAAAUAAAAGACAACGAACAAAUAUUCCUGAUGUUUAAAGAGAAAAACACUACAGUACAGAGAGAAUUGUAAAAUAAAAUGUUAUUGAAUGAUGUGCUACUAGACUUAUUUUGUUAACAUUGUUUAGAGAUAUGAGAGGGAGCUAUGUAGAGGUUAUGAUUAUGAGGAUGUAUUGAAAAUGCAGAGCGAUGUUUGGAUUAAAGUUGUAGCAAGCUGACCCACCAAA